AUGCAAAAUCAGCGGAAGAGACAGUUGUUAGAUGCAGUGAAAGAAGAUGAAAAGGAGAUAAACAUUCUCGAAAAGAGAUUAAAAUUAAAGAAGCGAAAGAACAAAUCCACAUCUAGAGGAUUUGUUGAAUGUGGUCUUGAUUAUAUUUUAGAUGCAUAAAAGAAUGUUGACCUUAUAUUAGUUAUUUUAAAAAGUGGUGGAUUCUCACUCCGAAAAGAUGAUCCAAAUGCAAUGAAACAAUUCCUCUUAGCUACACAAAAACAAUUCAAUCUAUUACCAGCAGAAGAAAAUUCUCGAAUGAAGUACAUGUUGAGCAUUUUAAUUAAUAUAAAAAAUAACAAUAUUACAAAACUCUCUGAUUUCAAUCCAACUCAGCAUGAAGAACUAAGGAAAAUUUUAAAAUCUUUAAUAAGAAAAGGAAAUAGUGUAGUAACAUUACAAAUAAAACUUGAUGACCUGCUUAAUGCUGAAAAAAAUGGUAAAUGGUGGCUUGUUGGUUCUGCAUGGAAGAAUGAAGGAGUUACCAAGAAAGUUGAAGAAAAACCUUUACAAGAAAAGUAUUCUGCCAAGUUGUUGGAAUUAGCCAAGAAACAACGAAUGAAUACUGACAAUAGAAGAAAUUUAUUUUGUAUAUUAAUGACUGCUGAAGACUAUCAUGAUGCUUUUGAGAAACUUUUAAGAUUAGGUUUAAAGGGCCAACAGGAAAGAGAAAUCCCUCUUGUUAUUGUGCAUUGCUUACUUCAAGAGAAAAAUUUCAACCCGUAUUAUGCUCUUGUUUGUGACCAGUUAUGCCUAUCUGAUAGAAGACAUCAGAUGACUCUUCAGUGUGCUUUAUGGGACAGGUUUAGAGAUCUUCAAUCGUUAUCUUCGUACCAAAUUCACAUAUUAGCUAGGUUCUUAGCUCAGUUACUGAUUGCUGGUUCUUUGCCUAUUUCAGUACUUAAGGUUGUUGAAUUUGCUGAACUUGAUAAAUAUCAUAUCAGACUACUACGACAGACAAUACUAUCAAUAGCCAAUGAGGAGAAUAUAGAUAGAGUCAAAGAGAUAUUCCUGAAGAAAUAUGACUGA